AUGUCCAGUAGUAAUAAUUACUAUGACCUAGAUGAUAUACUAACAGAUGCUGAAAAGAUUCCAUGUCGUUUUAAUAUUACAGUACCAGGAUUAGGUUAUUUAGAAGGUAAUCCAGGUAAACCAAUUCAAAAAGAUACAAAAGUAGAAUUACCAUUAUGGUUAGCUGAAAUAUUAGCAAUUUUAAAUAUUCUGGAAGAAAGUUCAGAAAACUUUAUUGAUUUAUCCGAUCCUGAUUUUAUUAAUGUCAAAGUUAUAAGUGCCAUGAAAACAAGUCCAAUAUCAGUUGAUUUACAUAAAUUAUUACCAAAUUAUUAUUCAAUGGUUGAAAAAUGGUGUUUAAUGUUUAAUGAUACAAUAUUAAUUGAAAAUGUCAUGAAUAUGUUAAAAGAACGAGCAUUUGAAAUUAAUAAUUUUGCUAAUAAUGCUAAUAAACAAAUUAGUAAUGAAUUUAUGUAUACCCUUGAUGAAUUUGAAAAGAAAUUAUUUAAGAAAACUUUAGAAAGUAAUAAAUUAAUGAGAAAAUGGUUAAAAGAAUAA